GUACAAUCUAAAGUGGACUGCAUUUUGCAAGAAGUUGAGAAGUUUACAGACCUAGAGAAACUCUACCUCUACCUUCAGCUGCCUUCGGGUCCCAACAAUGGAGACAAAAGCGAUCAGAUCUCCAUGUCGUCCAGCCGUGCCCAGCAGAUGCAUGCCUUCUCAUGGAUACGGAACACCUUGGAAGAGCACCCUGAGACAUCCCUUCCCAAGCAGGAGGUUUAUGAUGAAUACAAGAGCUAUUGUGACAAUCUUGGCUACCACCCAUUAAGUGCUGCUGACUUUGGAAAGAUCAUGAAAAAUGUCUUUCCAAACAUGAAGGCCCGUCGUCUAGGCACAAGAGGCAAAUCAAAAUAUUGCUACAGUGGACUGAGGAAGAAGGCUUUUGUGCAUAUGCCAACACUGCCCAACCUUGACUUUCAUAAAACUGGAGAUGGGUUGGAUGGGGCAGAGCCGUCUGGGCAGCUGCAAAGUGCUGAUGAAGAAGUUGUCUCUGCGGCCUGCCGGCUUGUUUGUGAAUGGGCCCAGAAAGUGCUGAGCCAGCCUUUUGAUACAGUCUUGGAAUUGGCUCGUUUCCUUGUAAAGAGUCACUAUAUUGGUACCAAGUCAAUGGCAGCUUUAACAGUAAUGGCAGGGGCACCAGGAGGAAUAAAAGGGAUCCCCCAGCCCUCAGCUUUUAUACCCACUGCUGAAAGUAAUUCCUUUCAACCACAAGUGAAAACUCUGCCAUCUCCUGUUGAUGCCAAGCAGCAGCUGCAGCGUAAGAUCCAGAAGAAACAGCAAGAACAGAAACUGCAGUCCCCUUUGCCAGGAGAGUCUCCAGCAAAGAAAACGGAAGGCACCGCAACCAACGGUGUGACCAGUAUAUCUAAUGGAAGUCCUGCAAUUCUGUCUCCUCCGCCGAUUGGCAUUGUUGUGGCAGCUGUCCCCAGCCCGAUACCGGUGCCAAGGACCAGGCAGUUGGUGACGUCUCCAAGUCCUAUGGGAUCGUCCGAUAGCAAGGUCCUGCCACUCAACGUUCAGGUGGUCACUCAGCACAUGCAAUCAGUCAAGCAGUCACCAAAGACUCCCCAGAACGUUCCUGCCAGCCCAGUUGGUGACCGCUCUGCCCGGCAUCGCUACCCACAGAUCUUACCGAAGCCAGCAAAUACCAGUGCUCUCACCAUCCGCUCUCCCACGACGGUGCUUUUUACUAGUAGCCCAAUCAAGACUGUUGUGCCAGCUCCACAUGUGAAUUCCUUAAAUGUGGUAAAAAUGACAGCAAUAUCUCUUGCCCCAAGCAGCAGCAGCGUGCCCAUCAAACAGACGCCUUCAGUUAGCAGUAGUGCAGGAGCUGUGGAAGAAGGGAGGACUGGUCCACAGAUAAAAAAUGGAUCUGUAGUUUCGCUUCAGUCUCCAGGAUCCAAGCCUAGUGCUGUUGUAGCAGCACCUGCAGUCAAGAUCAAAAUGGAACCAGAAGCAUUGCUGGACGAGAACUCAGUACAAGGCCAAGAGAGCUCUGAUGUGUCUAAAUCCAUAAAGGCAACCCCUGACCUGCCUCCUGCUCAACUAAUUAAUUUUGAGGUUGCAACCUUGAAGGUUUCAGCUGAUGAUGUCGUGGAGGCAAAACCAGUUAAGGGCUGUGAUCAGGAAGCUGAGGAAGCAGGGACCAAAUACAAAACACAAUCUAAUGAGAUCACACCAGUUUCUUCAGCAGGCAAUAAUCAAAGCACUCUAAAGCUCUCAGUUGCCAGUCAAAACGUGUCCAGCACCAGCAUUGGUUCACCUCCUACUAGUGAGUCUAUGACUAAAGAGAAAACAUGCACUAGAAGUCCAAGAAAGCGACAGGCUUCUACACUUCAGGAUUCCCAGGUACCACCUGUAAAGAAACCACUGGUGGAACAGAUUGCAGCUGGUAAUGCUGUGGAGGGUCAAAAAGCAAACAGUGUUAAGAAGUCUCCGAAGGCUGGAUCAUUAGCUAACAGUGACAAUACAGCAGCUCUUGUUCAAGUUCCCAGCAAGGCACCUGUACCUUCUGCAGCUGCAACAAACUUGGCACCAGACCUUUCUUUGAGCACCAGUUUAAAUACUAGUGAUUCUGCUUUGGGACAGCAGCUUGAAUCAGCACCGUCUCCAGAUAUAAAAGUAAAAUUGGAAGGAAACAUGUUUAUCAUAGAAAAUGAUUCAAAAUCUGAUGGCAGCUUUAACCCAAAUACAUGGCACCAUAUCACCAAAACCUCCGACUUUGCAUCUGUGAGUUGUGAAGAGCAGCAAGAUAUCAGUGUUAUGGCUAUUGCAGGGCACGCUGGCUCUGGUGACUUACAGGAGUCGGCAUGGGAGCCAGUGCACUGCGAAGGUAUCCAGCAGGAUGCCUACAACCAGCAGUUACAGAACCAGAUCCAGGACUCGUCCUUGGGUCAAAUACAAGCACAGUCUUCAAAUCAGUUACCUCUGCAGUCUGAGCUGAAAGAGUUUGAACAUACAGUCCCUCAGUCAAACGAAAACUUCUUUUCAUUUGACGAUGACCUUACCCAGGAUAGCAUUGUGGAGGAGCUGGUGCUCAUGGAGGAGCAAAUGUCCAUGAAUAAUUCUCAUCCUUAUGGUGGUUGUCUAGGAAUGGCACUUCAGAGUCAGGCUGCAGCUCAAGGAGCUCCUGUGUCAUCUCAUCCAAGCAGCGUGCACUUUUACCAUUCGAUCCAUAACAACAGCACUCCGAUUCACACUCCCACUCCCACUCCC